ACCCGAUAGUGUCGUUGAAAUGUCAGUUUUUCCGGAAAAACUACAACAUUAAUUACUGUUUUAUUAAUUUAUAGCACACACGUAAGAUAGGAAUCGUUUUCCGAGAUCGGUAACGCGAAACCACUUCCAUUUAGCCCCUCGAACUGUGGGUCUAAUUGCGUGUUUAGCAUCUCGCUCUCUCUCUACCCCAAGACUUAUUAACCAAACUGAGACACACAUGUAUUAAAGUGAUGAUGUAAACUUCAAGUGGCGAUUUUAUCAGAAGUGGAAAGGGUGCCAAAAUGGAUGAGUAUAGUCCCAAACCUCCUCCCCUACCCAGGAGGAUUGUGAGGAACAUAUAUGCAGAGCCUUUUAGUCACGAGACAGUAAGACUUCCCUCGGGUUUGCAACAGACCCAAAUUGCCCAGCAGAUCCCGAGCGGCGGUAACACGAUUCAAAACAACACCCACUGUCAACAGUCACAGGCGCCCCUUGUCAUGCCCGUUUUUCCUUUACGACCUCCGGUAGCUCCCACCCACGCUCCUCAUUAUUCCCCCUAUUCCCCGUCUAGAUUCCACAUAGAUAAACAGUGUCAUCAUCGAUGCACGUGGAAAUGUUUCAGUAUCGCCUUGAUACUAAUAGCUGUUAUUCUGUCAGGAAUGCUCGCUUAUUUUGCAGCCGUCAGUUCUGCGAAACCCAGUAUGGACGCAUCUAGCUGCAUAUUGGUCCAGGACGUCAAAGAUGUUACUAACGACCAAAUUACACAGGGAUCGAUCUCUUCUCAACUUCCCACUGAAGAAUCUUUGCCAACGAGCACAGCUGAGCAUUCGAGCGUGACGACAAACGUGGCAUUACAACAACAGCCGCAACAACAGAGUCAGUCGCAGCCGCAGUGGCCGCCACUGCUCGAGCUCCGGGAUUUCGACGUGCUCCACACCACCACCAUUCCACCUUAUCAGUUCUGGAACUCGGAAUUCCGCAACAAGCAGCCCGCAUUCAUCCGGUUCAAUUUCACGCUGCCGUGGGGCGCCAACUUCGCCGUCUAUGGACGGAGGAACGUGGUGCCCAGCGUCACGCAGUACGACUUCGUCGAAUUCGUCAAAGGUGGAAGGGUCGAUCAUCGGUUAAGGAAAAGGGACGUUGUCACGAAGCAUGAGCUUAAAAGGAGCAAAUCCAACUUUAAAAUAAACGACAGAAAUAAUAAAGACAUACUGGAUGUUAUUUCGAGUUCCUAUGAAGCUACCAGGAAGAUCCUCUCCGAUUCUGAAAGUGCACAGAUUCCAAUUUUUAUUCCUCGAAAUGUACGACUGAAUGCGACAGAAAUUGAACCAACGGAUUUACCGCGACCAACGGUUAAUCUUGGAGUCACUCUUGACGCGCACAUUAUUUCAAAAAGAGAAACAGAACUGGAAGCUAUGAUGGUGAACGUGAGUUUACUUCAAUACCUUGACACGGGUCGUUGGUUUCUUUCGGUUUACAACGACGAACUUCGACCCCACAGCGUUUCCAUGGUAAUUUCGGAAGCGGAAGAUGUAACGACAACUUGCCCAAACGACUGUUCGGGCAGAGGAUCGUGCUAUCUUGGCAAAUGCGAGUGUGUGGACGGCUUCCAGGGAAUUGACUGCUCAAAAAGUGUUUGCCCGGUCUUAUGUUCAGCGCACGGCCAAUACGGCGGCGGCAUUUGCCACUGUGAAGAGGGAUGGAAAGGGCCGGAAUGCGACGUACCGGAGGCCGAAUGUCGUGUGCCUGCCUGUUCCGGAAACGGCCUUUGUGUAAGCGGAAGUUGCCAAUGCAAAAAGGGCUGGAAAGGAGACGCUUGUGACGAGCCGGACUGCGAAGACCCAACUUGUUCGAACCACGGAGCGUGUGUCCACGGCCAGUGCUAUUGCAAAGCGGGGUGGAAGGGUGGCCGUUGUCACCUAAUUGACGAACAAGUCCACAAGUGUCUCCCCAGCUGCUCGGACCACGGGGUCUACGACCUGGAGUCCGCCAAAUGCGUCUGUAAUAGACACUGGACCGGACCUGAUUGCUCACAAGCCCUUUGUAAUUUGGACUGCGGCCCGAACGGCAUUUGCGACAGCGGAAAAUGCCAAUGUAAUCCUGGUUGGACAGGCUCUCGAUGUGAUCAACUGCCUUGUGAUCCUCGUUGUCAAGAGCAUGGCCAAUGCCGCAACGGCACCUGCGUCUGUUCCCAAGGAUGGAAUGGGAAACACUGUACCUUGCCGGGUUGUGAAAACGGCUGUUCUGGCCAUGGCCAGUGUAACUUGGAAGAGGGUGUUUACCUCUGCGUCUGUAUCAAGGGAUGGGCUGGUUCUGAUUGUAGCAUUCCCUUAGAAACCGAAUGCAACGAUGAUAUUGACAACGAUUUCGACGGGAUGGCUGAUUGUUUCGACAGCGAAUGCUGUUCUCAUGCCAGUUGUGCAGAUCACAUAAUGUGCUUGGCUAGCAACGAUCCUGUCGAAGUUCUCCUGCGGAAGCAGCCGCCUUCGGUUACUGCUUCCUUUUACCAGCGCGUCAAGUUUCUGAUCGAAGAGAACUCGGUUCAGUCGUACGCUCACAUGGACGAAUACACGGAAAGCGAGUUCUGGAAUUCCUUUACACCGCGUCGAGUAGCCGUCAUGCGAGGACAAGUGGUGACACCCCAAGGACUGGGAAUCGUGGGAAUAAGAGUCUCGGUCGACAAGGAAUCCCGAUUAGGAUUUACGCUUACUCGUCAAGGGGGGUGGUUUGAUGUAUUGGUUAAUGGUGGAGGAGCAGUGACAUUACAGUUUCAAAGAUCACCUUUUCGACCCCUCACCAGGACCGUGUUUGUUCCUUGGAAUCAAAUUGUAGUUUUACCCCCAGUACAUAUGGAGUUAAUGGAAGAUGCUAAAGUUGAGCAAUCACACACAAGCUUCCUUGCUCGCAAUCCGGCUAUAAUGUUUCAAGGAGUUUCAAGACCAUUUUUUCAUUUCAAUGGAGAUGUGCCAGUAACAUGUCCUGAUCACGACCUUGAAUUAUUAAAACCAAUAAUAACUGGCACAUGGAUCCCAGAAGCUGUUGGUGGUUUUCCUGGCAAAAGUAUAAUAUUUGCUGAAAACCAGGUGGUCCAAGAGUCCAUAUCGAUACCUGGCUCAGAUCUUCAUUUGAUGUAUCGAUCAUCUCAAGCAGCAGGAUUUUUUAGCACCAUUCACAUGAAACUAACAGAUGAUAGUAUACCAAAUACUUUAACCCAUAUACAUGUAAGAGUAGAAGUGGAAGGGUCUCUGCAUGUCAAAACAUACGAAGCUGAUCCAAAUUUAACACAUAUUUUUGCUUGGAAUAAAAGAAAUGUGUAUAAACAGAAAGUAUAUGGUCUGGCUCAGGCUAAGGUUUCAAUUGGGUAUCAACACUCCACCUGUAUUGAGCCAGUAUGGGAAACUCAAACAGCUGCAUUACAAGGUUUUGAAGUUGAUAUAUCUGAUAUCGGAGGCUGGGGUUUGGAUAUUCAUCAUCAUUACAAUUUCCAUGAAGGAAUUCUGCAGAAAGGGGAUGGUUCCACAGUACAUCUGAAGGAGUAUCCUAGAACUGUAGAAGUUGUAAUGGGCACUGGAGCUCAAAGAACGCUAGAAUGUCCUGGUCAGUGUGGAGGUUCAGCAAAAGAUGCAAAAUUAUUAACGCCCGUUGCUCUUGCAAGCGGUCCGGAUGGAAGUUUGUAUGUUGGGGACUUUAACUUAGUGCGAAGAAUCAAUCCAGAGGGAGGUGUUUAUACUGUUUUACAAUUAAGAGCAACGCAGGUAUCUUACCAAUAUUAUUUGGCUGUUUCACCUGCUGACGGGCGAUUGUAUAUCUCUGACCCUGAAAAACAUCAAAUUUUGAGAAUAAUUACUUUAGAUCCUACUGCUGAUCCAACUGUGAACAGCGAACCGGUUGUUGGGAGUGGUGAAAGAUGUAUACCUGGAGAUGAAAGUCAGUGUGGUGAUGAAGGUCCUGCCAAACACGCACGCUUAGCUCAUCCAAAAGGAAUAGCGAUUGCUGCAGAUAGGACAAUGUAUAUCGCCGAUGGUACUAACAUAAGAGGGGUAGAUCCCAGAGGUAUAAUUCACACAUUGGUAGGAAAUCAUGAAUACCAAAACCAAUGGAUGCCUACUCCAUGUGCAGGGGCUGUUAUUGCCUCCCAAGCUCAAUUACAGUGGCCUACCGGAUUAGCUUUAAGUCCUCUAGAUGGCGCUUUACAUAUAGUUGAUGACCGUCUCGUACUUGAACUGACGCAAGAUAUGAAAAUUAGAGUUGUAGCAGGAAUUCCCUUGCACUGCAGGUCCACAGACAACUCAUCUUCUUCAUAUGAAAACGAUAGCGUUCUAGGAACAAUUUUAUCUCUUUCUUUUGCGCCGAAUGGCGACUUAUAUAUUGCUGAAAGCGAUACACGCAAGAGUAACGUUAUUAAACUUAUUAAAACAUCAGGACAAGUUAUACACUUUGCUGGGAAAGUGCAUAAUAAAUUAGAUAGUAGUUGUGCUUGUAACAAUAGUCGUUCCAUUAAAAAGGCCAAAAUAUUUUCAGGCUGUCCGUGUUCAGUCAAUAACAACAACGUUAACUUCUCUAAAACGCUGCUUUCGAGUGAUGCCAAAUUUCAAGCAAUAUCUGCUAUAACAGUAUCACCCAAUGGAGUUUUAAAUAUUGCAGAUCAGGGUUCUCUACGAAUUUUAAUGUUACAGCAUUAUUUGCCAACGCAUGAUGAAAACGGAGAGUUUCAGAUUCCUUACCCAUCUCAAGGGGAAGUUUAUGUCUUUAAUAGAUACGGUCAACAUGUUGCAACAAGAGAUCUUACAUCAGGAAAAACUCGAUAUUCCUUCCUCUACUCAAAAAAUACCAGCUUUGGAAAGUUGUCUACUGUUACCGAUAGCUCUGGCAACAAAAUUCAAUUUUUGAGGGAUUACAGUAACGCUGUAAGUUCAAUUGAAAAUACUCAAGAUCACAAAUCGGAAUUAAAAAUAUCCGGAGUCGGAUAUUUGGAAAAAUUGUCAGUCAAGGGAAGAUCUGAAAUUCAAUUGGAUUAUGAUAUGAACACAGGGCUUUUAGUGAGCCGAUCGGGUGGCGGAGAAACUUGUAUUUACCAAUAUGAUUGGAUUGGAAGGGUAAUCAGCAUUACUUUGCCAAGUGGAGAAAUCUUCAGUUUACGGUCGAGUCUCUCAGGCACUGAGGGACUUGCAACAUCAGUUAGCAACCCUCCGUUGGUUUUAACAUACAGUGAAAAAAUUAACAAACAAGUUGUAAUUUCAAAUGAUUUAGAAACAAUGAAGUCCAUUAUAUAUAAAAAUUCAACCCUUCUUGUCAGCGCUGCCUGGGGAGGGAAAAUACGAAUGUCUGCUAUUGAAAGACAUCCAUUACUUGAACCCACAUUACCAGUUGAAACUCAGAUGUUACCAAUUUGGUCAGAUCAAAUAAGUAUCUUUGGAGAGGACAUUAUAAAUCAUCAGUAUACGAAAUAUUCAUUAGCUGGUGACGCUAAACUUCCUCAACAAAAACUAAGAACUGAAAUAUUCGUUAACAAUUCUCGAGUGUUUGCAAUUGAAUUUGACCAAUUUACAAGCAGGGAAUCGUUUUUCGACUGUAACGGUCAUCUUCUGUUGUCAAUCACAUUUGAUCCCGCCGGUUUACCUCAAGCAUACAUACCAGCAACGAAUGCUUUACCUGUCAAUAUCAGCUACGACGGAUUUAAUCGUAUCGACGGAUGGAAAUGGGGUCGAUCGGAAUUAAAAUACAGUUACGAUCGUCACGGAUUACUAUCAGAAGUAACUAGUUCUCAAGACGGUACGCAAAUGUUUACUUAUAAUGACUGGAAUGUACUUUCCAAAAUAACAUUAGCUAGUCAAAGAAGUUUUCUAUUAACUUACGACGAUGAUGGUGGUCUAAGAUAUGUUACGUUACCAAGCGGAACUAAACACAUAUUCAGUCUUCAGCCUUCACUGGGAUUCCUGCGAGCUACAUACACUCCUCCGGGAAGUAACAAAUCAUAUCUGCAACAUUUUUCACAUUCUGGACUACUUUUACAAACGGUUUUCCCGGGCGAUGGAGCAAGAGUCGUAUAUAGGUACACACCUUUGGGUCGAAUCAAAGAAGUUGUCAGAGGAGAUGGUAAAACCACAUAUAGUUACUCUCCAGAAACUGGUUUACCGGUACAAGUAGUAAAUGUAGAGGCAGAAUUAGAAUAUUUUUGGGACUACCAGUUUAUUGGCGGAUUACUAAUGGAAGAAAGGUUGACUUUUACAGCCAAAUCUGGAUUAAGCAAUGCCAAAUUUACAUAUGACUAUGAUAGCAACUACAGGGUCACAUCUAUUCAAGGUCGUAUAGGUGGUCAAAAUCUCCCUCCAUACAAUUUAGCCUACAACAUUAAAACUGGCUCCUUGCAAAUUAUUGGCACAUUCACAGUCGACAAUCCUGCUAUAAAUCAGACUAAUGUUUACGACGGUACAGCCUUAUUUUCUAGAAAAAUAGACUCUCAUUUCCUUGAAAAGCAAAUCUCCUUAACAAUACAUGGAAUGGAGGUUUUUAGAAUGGAAUUUAAUCAUGAUAUGCACGGGCGAAUAUCUCAAACACGCACAUACACGAAAAAUGUUGGGGUAAACACGUAUACGAAUAUUAAAAACUACACAUGGGAUUGCGAUGGACAAUUGUCAGGCGUAGAAGCUCAAGAACCAUGGGGAUUUAGAUACGAUGAUAAUGGAAAUAUGUUGUCUCUAACAUACAGAGGUAACACCAUUCCAAUGGAAUACAAUACAAUGGAUCGGAUAAUAAAGUUUGGGGAAGGUCAGUAUAAAUAUGAUAAUAGAGGGUCAGUUGUACAAAAUGCGAGAGAGGAAAAAUUCCAUUACAACGCCAAAGGUUUACUUGUCAGAGCAACUAAAAGGGGAAGAUUUGAUGUAAAGUAUUUUUAUGAUCACUUAGACAGACUAAUAACUCGAAAGGAUAAUUACGGUAACGUUACUCAGUUUUUCUAUAACAACCAACAAAUUCCUGGAGAAGUUACUCAAAUUUAUUCUCCGCGUGAUGGUAAACUAAUAUCGUUAGUGUAUGACGACAGAGGACAUUUAGUAUACGCACAGGUGUACAGACACAAGUAUUAUAUAGCCACUGAUCAAUGCGGCACACCUGUGAUGAUUUUCAAUCAAUAUGGCGAGGGUAUAAGAGAAAUCAUGCGUUCGCCUUAUGGGCAUAUUGUUUACGAUUCCAAUCCAUAUCUUUAUUUGCCUGUUGAUUUUUGUGGUGGAAUCCUUGACCAGGUAACAUCUCUUGUGCACAUGCCGAACGGUAAAGUGUAUGAUCCCCUUAUUGGACAAUGGAUGUCACCUAUAUGGGAAAAUGUACUUGAUCGUGUAGCUACUCCCACACAUUUACAUUUAUACAGAUUUAAUGGAAAUGACCCAAUUAAUGUACGUCACAAUCGCAAUCCCCCAAUCGAUCACUUAAGUUGGCUAAAAAUAAUGGGCUUCAAUUUCAAGAAUUUAGCUCCUCAGUUAUAUCCUGAUGAGCUUCCUGGAGGACGAAUACCUCCAUUACUUUCCGAAACAUCGGUGUUUUGGAGUAACUUUAGAAACUCGAUAAAAAGUCAAUUAACACGUCACACUUCACCUAAUAAUAUCGAAUCUGGAAUAUUAGCUCAUAUAUUUACAAGGAGAAUGACCGAUAGCAAAACAUUAUCGGUUCCUCCAAAAUCAGCUCUUAAAACGGAUGUAAUGAAUCUUAUUCCUGAAAAAAUUGGAGCUGCUUCUGAUCCUCCGUUCGGUAAAGGAAUCCUGGUGUCUAGAUCCUCUGAAGGACGAGCUAUAGUAUCCAGUGUUCCCGCAGCGAAUGCCAUAUACAGAGACGUUUAUACUUCCGUAUUUAAUAGAUCUUAUCUCCUUCCGUUUACUUUUGUGGUUCAUAGCGCACAACAGGAUGCUUUCUACUUUGUAAAAGAAGAAACCUGGAAAAUUAACGACGAUAAAGGUCAACUAAAGCGACUCCAAGGCCAAGUAAACACAACGUUUCAUGAAAUUGCGAAAGAAAACGGAAGUGGAAAUAACUAUUUCGACGUAAAAAUCCAUGGUCUAAAUACCGUUAUAAAUUUGCGUUACGGAACAACAUUGGAAAAAGAAAAACAAAGGUUACUUCAUCAUGCCAAACUGCAGGCUAUUAGAAAAGCUUGGCAUAGGGAGAAAGAAACUAUUAAGAAUGGUUUUCAGGGAAGUAUAGAAUGGACUGCCAAUGAAAUCGAAGAGUUAAUGAAAAACAACAACAUAGCAACUUACGAAGCUGAAUAUAUUCAUAAUAUAGGUCACUAUCCAGAGCUUGCUGAAGAUCCAUACAACAUCAAAUUCUUUAAAAAACAAAUCGGAAAUUCCGAUAAACGCAGGAAAAAACGAACAACUAUCAAAAAUAAAACCCAAAGCUGGUGGUUUCCUUGGCAAAAAUUAAUUUGCUAGUGACCUCAUGAGACUAACCUUGAACGGUUUUAAAAGAAAAGAGAAAAACCUAUUUUCAAUUACUAAGUGUGAUGUACCAAAAAGUAAGCUUAAUUUGUAAUAUGAAACUUAAACGUUUUAUACAAAAACCAAAGUAUAUUUGUGUAUGUAUUCAAGAUGCCAAAAUGUACAAUUAUUUUAUUUAUUUGCAGAUGUGUUAUUCACACGCGUAAUAUAUGUGAUUUUCGUCUGGUGCAAAUAUUUAAUUACUCUAUAUUUAACUCGUAAGUGAUACUGACUGAUUAUAUUAAGAAUUUGCAUCAGACACCCUGUAAAUAUUUUAUACGGUGACAGUGAGUGCUGUAUGCAGAGAAAAAGAAAAGAAAAAUUCCUGUAGAGCUUAUUAUAGCUACAAUAAAACAGUAACGCACUUUACUGUGGACACAGGUGUGAUUAAAUUUUAGAAUAUCAAAAGACGUUGUAAAUAUAGUCCAGUUAUUAAAUUUUUAAUGAUUUUAA